CAGAAACCGGUUCAGCGCUUGUGUGUAUUGCUGUCUGUUAUCGUUUAUUUUUUAAUUGUCAUCAUCACCAUCAAUAUCCCGGUGGUUUACAACAAAGGGAAAGGUCGGGAGUGACCGAGAACGCCUGUGUGGAUAUUCAUCUGUUCAUUUCUAGUGUUGUGUUAAAAUCGAAGGUUUUUUUUUGUUUUUGUUUUGUUUUUAUUAACUUACAUUUAUUGGGGACUAUCGCGGCGAUCCAUGAUGAAUACCCAAGAUUCGGUGGAUCGGGUCGAGUUGUGCGAGAGUCUGGUGACAUGGAUACAAACCUUUGGUGUUGAAGCAUCAUGUAAAACAAUAGAUGAUCUCACGAAUGGGGUUGUGAUGGCUCAAGUUCUUCAAAAAAUAGAUCCUGCAUACUUUGAUGAAAACUGGAUAAAUAGGAUCAAAACAGAGGUUGGAGAUAAUUGGAGAUUAAAGAUCAGCAACUUGAAGAAAAUUUUAAAAGGCAUUCUUGACUACAAUCAUGAGAUUUUGGGGCAGCAGAUUAAUGACUUCACACUCCCGGAUGUUAACCUGGUAGGAGAGCACUCUGAUGCUGCUGAGCUCGGGAGAAUGCUGCAGCUCAUUUUGGGCUGUGCUGUUAACUGCGACCAGAAACAAGAGUAUAUCCAGACAAUUAUGAUGAUGGAGGAGUCUGUUCAACAUGUUGUCAUGACAGCAAUUCAAGAGCUGAUGAGCAAAGAAACUCCGGUGGUGUCAGGAAAUUACGCUUAUGUUGACCUUGAUAGACAGCUUAAGAAAACCGUAGAGGAAUUGAAUGAUGCAUUGGCAACAAAAGAAGAAAUCGCACAGAGGUGUCAUGAGUUGGAUAUGCAGGUUGCAGCUCUGCAGGAAGAGAAAGGCAGCUUGUUGGCAGAAAACCAGAUCCUUAUGGAACGACUCAACCAGUCAGACUCCAUCGAAGACCCCAACAGCCCUGCUGGGAGAAGACACCUGCAGCUGCAGUCCCAGUUAGAACAGCUCCAGGAAGAAACGUUCAGAUUAGAAGCCGCAAAAGAUGAUUACAGGAUACGGUGCGAGGAGCUGGAGAAAGAAAUCGUGGAGCUUCGAGGGCAAAAUGAGGAGCUGACGUCGCUGGCAGAUGAAGCCCAGUCUCUGAAGGAUGAGAUGGAUGUCCUUAGGCAUUCUUCAGAUAAGGUGUCCAAGCUGGAGGGCAUGGUGGAUUCCUACAAAAAGAAGCUGGAGGAUCUGGGAGACCUGAGGAGACAGGUGAAGCUGCUGGAGGAGAAGAAUACUCUGUACAUGCAGAACACAGUCAGCCUGGAGGAGGAGCUGAGGAAAGCUAAUGCAGCACGCGGGCAGCUAGAAACAUACAAGAGACAGGCUGUGGAGCUCCAGAACAGAUUGUCUGAAGAGUCAAAAAAAGCAGACAAGAUGGAAUUUGAAUACAAACGGUUAAAAGAAAAAGUGGAUUCUCUACAGAAAGAAAAAGAUCGAGUGCGCACAGAGAGAGACUCCCUGAAAGAAACGAUUGAAGAGUUACGAUGUGUACAAGCACAGGAAGGCCAACUCACCGCAGGUCUAGUUCCACUGGGCAGACAGGAUUCCACUGACUGUUUGGCUGCAGAAAUUGUUACACCUGAAUACAGAGAGAGGCUUAUUCGGCUGCAGCAUGAAAACAAGAUACUGAAGCUGAAUCAGGAAGGUUCAGACAAUGAAAAGAUUGCCUUGUUACAGAGCCUAUUGGAGGACGCCAACAGCAGAAAGAAUGAACUGGAAACUGAGAACAGAUUAGUGAACCAGAGGCUGUUGGAGGUACAGUCCCAGGUAGAAGAACUUCAGAAAUCAUUACAAGAGCAGGGCUCAAAUGCGGACGACUCAAUAAUUCUGAAGAAGAAAUACGAAGAGCACUUAGAAAAGUUGCAGGAGGUACAUAGUGAGCUUCAGAAGAAAAUAGCUUAUAUUGAAGAUUUGGAGCCAAAAUACAACAACAGCUCUCAAAAAGUUGAAGAGUUAGAAGAAGCUUUACGAAAGAAAGAUGAAGAUAUGAAACAAAUGGAAGACAGAUAUAAGAAAUAUCUGGAAAAAGCUAAAAGUGUAAUCAGAACCUUGGAUCCCAAACAGAACCAGGGGUCAGCGCCAGAAGUUCAAGCUCUUAAGAACCAGCUGCAUGAGAGGGAGAGGAUGCUGCAUUCAUUAGAGAAAGAAUAUGAGAAGACAAAAGGCCAGAGGGAUCAGGAAGAGAAGCUGAUUGUUUCUGCUUGGUACAAUAUGGGGAUGGCCCUCCAGAAGAAAGCUGCAGAGGACAGGCUCGCCAACACUGGUACAGGCCAGUCGUUUCUUGCACGUCAGAGGCAGGCAACCACCGCAAGAAGGUCAUAUCCUGGGCACGUCCAGCCAGCUACAGCCAGGUAGAGAAGCUGGAGCUUAGCCUGAAGACACAUCAACCAUGCAAUCACGUAAUUGCACAUCAUAGCAAUUCGGGAGAAAUCGCCUUAUUUUGGUGAACAUUCAGUACUGUACAGCUUCGGGAGUUUUCUGUUGCUUUGCUUUUGUUUAACUUUUAAAGUCGAUUGUAUUAUGGUUUCAUAUACAUUUAUAUUAUGCUAUGGAUUUAAACAGAGAUGCCAACCUUUAAUAUUUAGAUGUAUUUACCAUUAUUGGGGCCCAUUCACUUAAAAAAUGCUUCCAUGUAUUUCUAGAGUAAUAUAAUCGACGAGUUCCACAGAUCUGUUACGUAGUUCAAUAUUAGUGGUAGUCAGUGUCUGUGAAACCAGCCAAACAUGUUUAAAUAUGGUCCUUACAAAUUGGAGGCGGUGCUGUGCAGUUCAGCGAUCUGCAACAAAACAGGAGUUAAAAAACAUUCAAAAGCAAAAAAAAAGCUGUUAGUUUACGAAAGAAUACUCAAGACAAAUAAAGGAGGGGAAAUAAAACAUCUUGAACAAAACUGCCAAUUUUUAAACAUAUAGAUUAAUAAAAUACAUGAAGAUAUUAAGAAACACAAAUAAACCUUCAAUAUGUAUGUAUUAUACACUUUUGUUUCGGUAGACUGCCCCUCAAAUGACAGAUUUCAUGUUUUGACAUUCUGUGAAAAUGAAAAUGGUGCAUCUUGCUGUUUGCAAGUUAGUUUCAGUCAUGAUGGUCUAGGUGACAAAUCUGACCAGCUUUGAUAAAGGGCUGGUUUUGUUGACAGCAUUCACAUAAAACCUACUGUGCCAACCAUCAACUAAACUUUAGUAUCUGCUGUAGGCUGCUCUUUGUUGAUAAUGAUCAAAUCUGUUUGGUUUUAAUAUUGUAUCUGAAAUUAUAAUUUUAUUAUAUUUUACUCAUUUUAAAAUAAUACAAACACAGUGACUUGACAAAAAAUAAAAACACCUUUUGAUAUAUAGCACACACUUUUCUGUAAACUAGCUCUUACUCACAUGAUGACUAGCUUGUUGUGUAUCUGACAUCCCUGGCAUCUGUUCUGCAAUAUAUCAACGCUACAUCUCCGGGUCAGUUUCAGUCGCAAUGGGCUAGACAGCUGAUCCGACAGUCAGGUACAGUAGACACUUGGUUAGCAGGCUCUUCCACAUCUGAAACUGCACAAAAAUGAAUGUUUCACUAGGAAAUAUAAGUGGGCCAUUCUGGGGAACAUUUUUCUUUGCAGAUUUCCAACCUCAGCAGUACAUCCCUGAAAGAAUAACAUGCUGUUAAUCAUUGAGGAAUGUUCAUGUAUCCGUUGUAUGUCAAAUCACUGUCAUCCAGGGCUCCCAUUUUGGCCCAGCACGCUAAAGACACUAAUGACAGGUGUUUCGAAUGUAUUUUUGUCCAACACCUGUACAUUUUACUAAAUUUUUUUAUUUUUUUUUCAAAAUGGAUUGUAAGGGUAAAUAACUCUGUGUCAUUGCUUUUGUUUGUUCAAUUUAUUGUUAGGGUUACAACCAUUCCAAGUGAUCUUGCUUGAAUAUUGAAUUUUAAGUUAAAGCAACAAUACGCAUUUUUUUUUACUUCCUGAUUCCAAAGACAUCACAUAAUGGGUUGAUUUUUCAACUCUUCUAGCCCCACCUUGUUCUGCUGUUUUGAUUGGUUCAGCAGAGUGAAAAGGAUACCGUAUUACCUCAUUUUUAGUUUUUGGACUCAGUAGGUACAAAAGCAGCCUGCAAAUAAGAUUCUGCAGCUUCUGGUAAAUUAUGGUUUAAAUUCAAUUUUGGAGCAAAAGAACUCCAAACCAGUCAGAAUAAUUAUUAACUAAAUAAAAUGUAAGGGAUAGGUGAGAAAAUAAAUAAAAUAAGACUUGAAGCCACCAAUCCUUUUAAUAAUUGAACAUUGAGUGUUUUAAUAACUUUUUUAAAUUUUAUUUUUAAGCCAUGGCUGCCUAACCUUUUUAAAAGGCUUAACAGUGGAUUGUAGCUUAACCCUACCUCAGCAGCUACUUCCUGGACAGUUAAGAUCACAUUUAUUUUGUUACUCUAUUAUUUGAUAUAACAGGUUAUUUCUUAACAAAAAAAACAAAGCCACUUAGUAUUAACUUCAAAGUGACAUGUUAUCAGUAAAACUACAAGCAGACUAACAAUUUGGCUAAAACGUUUUUUUUUUUUUUUUUUUUUUUUUUUUUUUUAUAUUUAUUAUUAAUAUAUUUAAAAUGAUUUAAUCAGAUAUUUUAUCCACACCUGAGCAAUACACUCAUAUAUUGACGGAAUAGUGAGUCCCUUUUUGAUAACUGGGGAAAGAUUACCUGGUUGCAGCAGAGAAAACCACACCUUGUGUACAUGACUUCAUACAGUAAUGGAAGCAUACAUUUGUCCUGCAGUUCUCUUCAUUUGUGACAAGGUACCCCUGAAUCCACAACGUUGUUUGUGGUUAAAAUUAAGAAAUAAGGUAGUUAGGAAGAAACAUUUUAAUGUAUUAGAAUAGCUGUGGCUUUGUAGUCAAUAAAAAUACACCAUUUCACAAUAGGAGCAACCAAUCAAUAAAAAUUCAAAUCAGAAACUAUCUUGGCAAAAUUGCCUUACUAUAUGCACCUGAAUAUAAAUUACACUUUUUACAUUUUUAUAUCAGUGUACGCAUAAAACAGAAAGAAAUCUGUGUUUCUAUUUUUGAAAAAUGAAAGGGUUUGCGCUGAUUUUUGUUGUUGUUUGUUUGUUGGUAAAGGGAGGGACUUAAUGGAUCAGGGGCCACCAUUGGGCACUUAUGGGAACAGGCAGUCUCUCAAGAGAGACCAAGGAUUGGGAUGAAUUAACCUCUGUAACCUCUAACACCUUCAGGUCAGGGUAGGGAAGCACUAAAAUGAGCACCAUCACAAAGAUUCACUGUAUACACAAUUAUUUCACAUGAUAUGACAAAAAAAAAGUUACGUGUUGCUUAAGCACGGAAAUGAGCACCAUUACAAAAAUUCACUAUACACGAUUAUUUCACAGGAUAGGGCAAAAAGACAAAACAAUUCUAUGUUAUUUAGGGUGAGUUGUGUUAUUUUCUUGUUCACUUUUCUCUAAAAUUUUGCACUGAAAAUCACAAAUAUUAAAAGUACUGUACACACUUACAACCAAACAUUAAAACCAAAACCAUCAGAGAAGAUCCAAAUUGCCAAAACCCCAAUACAAAAAUUUUCAUUUUCAUUACUUAAAUAUUGAGAGAGUCUACGGAUUUAUAUUUAAAA